AUGCUUCAACCAUUGUUAUGGAGAGUUUCGGAGAAAACUCCAGUAAAAAGAAAAAAACUGCAGUUUUCUCAGAAGCCUUUGGUUUCAAAGCAAACUGCAGUUAAAAGUAAAAUUAGUAGAUCUGUUAUUGAAAGUGUAGAAAAUACACUUGAAAAUAAAAAAUACUGGUUGAAGAGUUCGUCAGCAGUCGAUGAUAAAGAGUCGUGUCAAGAUUCCAAUAUGAGCGAAAAUUUACACAUAAAGAGUUUCGGAGAAAACUCCAGUAAAAAGAAAAUCUACUGCGACUUCUCAAGAUAG